UGGCGGUGACAUUUGUAGACAGAGAAUGUCAGUGAGUGGUGGAAUUUCCAUGGUGCGUAUUUUCCUGGAAAAUCAGUAGGAAAAAUAGUAGAAUUUGGGAAUAAAAAGUGUCUGCGGCGUGUUGCGAUGGUGAUGGACAUGUGAGGGAAGCCACAUGCCGUCAGAGUGGAGUAUGGGGCGCAACUAUGGAUGACCAAUCACACGGUGGUCAGCUUCCUCCUCCCAGCGUCCGCGUGAAGAGGAAGUGCAUGCGAAACUUGGAGAAUCAUCUCGAGAAGAUCGUUGUCUUCUACGGCGUGAAGCUCCUCGAGGCGCCCGCCGAGGAUGGCGAGGCCCCGUGGGUGACACUGCAAGUCGUGCCAGCCGACGCGGGAAGUGGCAUUGACAUUCCCGAAGUCACGAAGCGCGUCCAGCACUACAUUGAAUCACUGUGCAUCGCCGAGGCUGAGGAUAGCAGCUACGAUUCCGACUGCGAGGUCGAUGACGCGCAUCAGCAAGUGUCGCGGACGACGAGUGACACGCUGGGCCAGGAGUUUGCUGAGUAUGUGAGCAGUGGCGCUCCGGAACGCUCGCCGGGCUACACGGCGCGCGUGGAGUUUGCACUGAAGCUGGGCUACACUGAGCGCCUCGUGCAGGCGGCGUUGGCACGCCUGGGCCCCAAUCCGGCGCAGAAUGAACUGCUGGCGGAGCUGAUCAAGCUGGGCGCGCUGCACGGCACGAAGAGCGGGGAUUUCGCGGCGGAGGCGCAGCAGCAUGUGGAGUGCGUGUCGCCCACGGGCGCUGCGGCGCCGCCACCGCCAGAGGUGACGGAGGAUUCAAAUGAACUGAGACCCAUCGUGGUCGAUGGCAGCAAUGUAGCCAUGAGUCAUGGGAACAAGCAGGUGUUCUCCUGCCGGGGCAUUAAGCUGUGCGUAGACUGGUUCAGGAAUCGUGGCCACAAGGACAUCACAGUGUUCGUGCCCAAGUGGCGCAAGGAGGCCUCACGGCCUGAUCAUCCCAUUCGCGAUCAGGAGAUCCUCAAUGAGCUGGAGCGCGAGAGGAUGCUGGUGUUCACACCGUCGCGUCUCAUCGGCGGCAAGAGGAUGGUCUGCUAUGAUGAUCGAUACAUUCUCAAGUUGGCUGCAGAGAUUGAUGGAAUUGUGGUGUCAAAUGAUAACUAUCGCGAUCUCGGGCAGGAGAGUUCGGAGUUCAAGAAGGUGUCCGAAGAGCGCGUGCUGAUGUAUUCCUUUGUGAAUGAUCGCUUCAUGCCACCGGAUGAUCCAUUGGGACGAACCGGUCCGACUUUGGAGAACUUCCUUAGGAUUCAGCCAAAAAAAGGUGAACCUCCGCCUCCUUGUCCGUAUGGCAAGAAGUGCACGUAUGGCAACAAGUGCAAGUACAAUCAUCCCGAGCGGGGUUCUGGACCACAGAAGUCUGUCACGGAGCGCCUGUCUGAAUAUGCGGCGCGUCACUUGCCGGUGCGUCCUGGGGAGAAUCGUCAACCGGUGCAGGGCAAGUCGCUGAGUGUGCCGCUGAGCAGUAGUGGUGAAACUAGUCCCGUGGGUGGUGCGCGCAAGCCGCUCAGUCGUACGCGCUCCAGUGUGUCUGAGGGUCCUGCCAUGGCGGCGCAAUUUGGCGUAAUGGAGCAACAGCCGCAGGGGAGUUCGCAGAUGCCAUACGCGGCGGCGCCUAGUCACUCAUGGGAUCCCGCCAAUUUUCCCAAGUCACACAGUAUUGAAAAUCUGCAGCAACAGCACUUUCCGCAGAUGUGGGUGCGACAGGGUGCGCCGGCCAGCAAGGAUGAUGGCGAUAGUGUGAAUCUGCACAGGAAGCUCCAGAGGCAACUGACACUGAAUCCGGCCGGAUGUGACCCGAGAAUCUAUCAAAUUCAGCGAAUGGGCGGCCUUUGUUCGCCUACGAGUCAACAGCAGCCUAGCCAUGCACAGCAUCGUCCUGUCGCGCCAUCCCUCAGCGGACCACGCACGCCGCAUUGUCCGACGCAGUGGGAUUUGCAUCAGAAUGUCACGCGAAACGCUUCCGCGCCUGAUCCUGCUCGACCGUGGCACGGAGGACCGCCGCCAGCGUCGUCUUCGGAGCCCCAUUUGUGGUCACAGCAGCAGCAGCAGCAGCGUAGGAUUCCCGUUGGGCCGCCGCAGGCCUCAACGGCUGUGGACCAGCGUCGCCGACUGCACUACCAUCUGGCCAGCAUCUUCCCCGAGGAGCAGGUGAAGAUCGUGAUGCAGAUGUAUCCGGAUGAGACGAAUCCGCAGAAGAUUUGCGCUGCCAUUCUCAAUAUGUUCCCCAAGAUGUAAAUGCGCGCGCGUGUGUUGAAUUGUCGUGCAGAUUCUCAAUGUGUGUGUGUGUGUGUGUUCGUUGCACAUUUCUGGCAGAAUUCCCUUCACGCGGGAAUUUCCAUUGCGCGGAGAUGAAUGCUUGACGUGAGAUUUAUCUUGUUUUCCCAACACGCACAAAAAUCGAUGGCUUCUGAAAGUGUAGUUUUGUUCUACUGAGUGUGUUUAUUAAGUCUCGGUGUUUCUCGAUUAUAUCGGGUGAAACAGGAAGAGAGAAGGAUUGAAAUGGGCAUGAGAGAAAGCAGAAGAGUAAAAUGUAGAAAAGUGCGUUGGAAUUUUCAAUAGUGAUUUUCUAUUGACGAUUUUAUUCUUUGUUUAGAGUAACAACAAUUUUUUUUUGUACUGUAACUUCAUAUUGGAGUAAGUUUGUAAGUGCUGUUUUUGUUGUUGUUUGUUUCUAUUUCUCAAAAUCUUCAUCACAGACAGAGCGAAAGAGAGAGAAAAAGAAGUGAGAAGAAAUAAGAUGAAAUGAGAAAUUUGUGCAGUGUUUGUUUCUCUUACAAUUUUUAUUAAUUAUUAAAUAGAUGUUUUCUCCAUAUUUUUUCCAAUUCAAUUUAAUUUCCGAUUUUCUGCUUUGGACUCUCGAUAAAGAAAGAGAAAAAAAUGCCACUUAGAGAGGAAAAACCAACACUGAUAUAAAAGAAAGUUAACACAUAAAAAAAGUGCAGCAGCUUUUGACUUAUAUACAUUUUUAACUGUUAUUCUAGAUAGAUUUAUUGUACUGAUUGUGUAGGGAAAGUGGAAAAAAGGGAUGGACGUGAGUCAGGAGGUUGGCAGAAUCCGUAAGAGGAGAAAGAGAGAGUUAUUGAAAUUGAAGCCCAGUUUGAAAUGCUGCUUUUUCCCCACAAAAAAAAGAUGGAAUGAAUUGAAGAUGUAUAUUUAAAUUUAUCCUGUCAGCCUAAGUGUCAAGUUGACAAUGAUUUGAUUCUUUUUAAAACAAAAAAAAACAUUUCCGUUGAUUGUGUAUUUAAAUGGAAUAUAUAUAUAUAUAUAAAAAUGAUGUUAAGACAAUUUGUAGAAGAAUUUUUGACUUUAGGAAUGUCGCAAAGGCGAUGAUCAAUGAUUAAAUGGCCAGAACAAAGAAAAAAAAGUGUAUAAGAGAAAAUUCAAGAUGUGAUCUUGAUAGAUAAACUCCAAUAAUGUUACUUAUAAAUGUCUCUCAGAGAAAGGAUAAAUAGAGAAAAUUUGUUGAUUUUCCUUGUAUGAGAUUCACACAUGAAAAAAAGAAGCAUAAAAUAUUGACGUGACAUUGAUGUGAACAGUAAGUGUAUAACAUUUCUUAGUGUUAAGCCCUCAAAUUGUUUGAUACUGUGUAUCAAGUUCCUCGUUUGUGUCUCUUGCUUUCUUCCACACAAAUCAAAUGAAGAUCACUUCCAUCGUCCGUCAUUCCUCGACUGCAUGUUCCUUUCCUGUCCAGCAUCUCUUCCCAUUUUACAACCAAGUAAAAUCACUCAAUUGAGUGACUCUUAGAGGAGUUUUUCUCUCCCAUAAUGUUGUUGAUUUCCUGUGUUGAUUGAGUGGAGAAAGAAGUUGAACAGAUAAACGAGAAGUGAAUUGUCAGCAGAGAUAUUUUCACUGGAUGAGGAAAGAAAGGGAGAGAGAGAGAGAGAGAAAAAGUUGCAAGGAAAUUAUAU